AGAGAAAAUCAUAAAACUAUCAAAGUACUUUUAUAAAUCCGCGUUAAAACGCUUUUUAACUCCUCGGCGCACAAUCCCGCAUUCAUAGUAUUUUCCUUUGUUUUCUCGAUUGAUCGCUUUCCUGGCGCUCAUCUAAUUUUGUUUAUAUGAGUUUAACCAAACGAAUCGGAGGAGCUUUUAAACCACAAAUGGUGUUUUUUAUAUCAAGAAUAUAUAUUCUGCUCGCUUUUAUGAAAAGCCAAGGGUGUACCAGGGCGUCCGGGUAAAGACCACAGUGAAAGAGCUGCUGCAGAGACACCGAGCCCGGGAGGCCAGCAGUAAGAAGCUCCAAACGGUUUACUUGGAACAAAAAGAGCCUUGCAUGCCCACCCCUCCAAGUCGCCAGGAGGAGCCUCCUCUUUCAGCCCCUUUGGCAGAGAUGGGCUCGCGAGCCCUGCAGCUGUGCGCGCCCUCCUUCUCUGCCCCUGACAGCUCGUGCAGCAUGCACGUGCAGGCGGCUGUUUUCGGCGACCCCCAGCAGCAGCAGCAGUUUGGAGACGUGAUGCUGCCCAGCAACGGCUACAGCUUCAGCCCCAGAGGAGGCAUGGACUACAGCUCCCCCAUGGCCUCCCUUCCCACCUCCUCCCCUCUGCCCUGGAACCACGCUCUGUCCUCCGAUGUGGACUACUACGGCCAGGGAAUGGCUGCCUACUCCUCAUCCGAGUCCCUGACGCUCUGCAACCCCCUGGAUCCCAACAGCUACUCCCCACAGGACUCCUUCUCUUCUUCCUCCUCAUCUUGCUACGACUCGCCUACUAGGAUGGAGUCCAGCUUCCACAGCUUCCCCUUGGAAAACUACUCCUACCAGCAAUGCGGCUCCCAUCAGGACUUUAUGCCGGGCUGCUGGCCGGCCCAGCAGGAGAGCAUCCCUGUCCCUGAAUACACCCCUUAUUACACCCCCACAGACUAUCCCUACAUCCCACCUGUGGAGGAAAGCUACGCCAGGAAGGAUUUUUCUCUGGGCUCUGAAAUGUGUUAUAACGUUCUAUGAUGAGGCUUUCUGCAGUAUUACUAUGACUCUCCUCCUACUUAGCAGGCCUGUUUGCUUUAAUGGUCUGCUUUGCAUUUCAGUUUGAUCUCUAAACAGCAAUUGCUGCUG